AUGCGUCAAGACAAUCCAGCCGUGCCAGGCAGCGGCCUGGUAUCCCUCAGUGGAACUGUUGCUCUCCCAAAAGACCCGCAAAAUCGUUUUCCCGCAUCCACACCACAAUUUCUACGGUCCCAGUCAAUGAAUCUACCGUUGGAGUAUACAACCUCGUCUGGAGGCACCGCGUCAGCUCCGAACACCGGGGAUCUAUUCGAUGGAAUGAACAACGGUCCGGAGGCUGAGAACAAACGACAGUCUCUUUUCGAUCUGUCUACAACCCCUCUGUCAGCCAAAUUUCAGAAAUUGUUCGAACGGGGCAAAGAUGAACGAUGUCCACUCUGUUUUCGCAAAUUUGGACUGUUCGUUCGGACAGGACAAUGUGAACAAUGCCAACGCAUCAUCUGCUCAUCUUGUCUCCAAGAAUUUGUCACCAACGGAGUUGUUUAUCUGUGCAAAGACUGUUUGGAUAUUACGUAA